UGUGAAAUUGUGUGCUGUCUAUUUUUUGUAUCAAAUUCAGUGUUUUUGGAGUUCACGAUGUCGGAUGAAAUUGCGGAGAAUGGUACGGUGAACGGGGAUGUGCCGGAGAUCGAACUGAUCAUAAAGGCAUCGACGAUCGACGGGCGACGGAAGGGCGCAUGCCUCUUCUGCCAAGAAUACUUCAUGGACCUGUACCUGUUAGCUGAGCUGAAGACUAUCAGUUUAAAGGUGACCACAGUGGACAUGCAGAAACCACCACCAGACUUCCGCACUAACUUCGAGGCGACACACCCGCCCAUCCUGAUCGACAACGGGUUGGCCAUACUCGAGAACGAGAAGAUCGAACGGCACAUCAUGAAAUCAGUGCCCGGUGGACACAAUCUCUUCGUACAGGACAAGGAGGUGGCGUCGCUGAUCGAGAACCUGUACUCGAAACUGAAACUUGUGCUGGUGCGCAAAGAUGAGCAGAAGUCGGCGGCACUGCGCGCGCAUCUCGGACGUAUUGACGCGUUGCUUGAGCGCCGCAACACCAGAUUCCUAACGGGCGACACGAUGUGCUGUUUCGACUGCGAGUUGAUGCCGCGGCUGCAGCACAUUCGCGUCGCCGGCAAAUACUUCGUCGAUUUUGAAAUACCGACGACCUUCCGCGCGCUCUGGCGCUACAUGUACCACAUGUACCAGCUGGACGCGUUCACGCAAAGCUGUCCCGCCGACCAAGAUAUUAUCAACCAUUACAAGCUGCAGCAGCAAUCAGCAAAGGGUUUGGCUCUGUCACCUACCCUGACGAGACAGAAGGAGCCUACCGAAUCGGCGUUGAAAAUGAAGAAACACGAAGAGUUGGAGACGCCAACAUUCACGACGUCUAUUCCUAUUGACGUGAGCGAACUGAACGAAUAACGGGGACCAGCCGCCUUGGUACGACCUACCCGCGCAGUUAGCAGGGUUUACUCCCAUGUAGGUACCUUUUACAAAUAAUCCAUUCAUGUUUUCAGUAUAGGUACAGUAAUGAGUUUGAAAAUUUAUUUUGCUUUUAAAGACAUACCCACAUUACACUGACAGAUAUAAGUGGGUAAUAAAGAUAGUUGUAUUUCUGUAAGGUCCUAAUAAAAACUAGCUGCGCCCCUUUAGAUAAUCCACCGUUAUUAAAUAAGUGCUGUUGGCAUCUCUGCAUUUUAAUAUAUAGCUGCCGUGCCGACGACGUGUGAAUCACGAAAACACGGCAAUCGACGACUGCAAGUUCCGUCCGACUUUCUGUGGCUAUUGUUUGUACCGAGGUCCUUUUUCUAGAGCACCCUUCCCUCGCCCUACCAUGCCAGACCAUAUUUUUGUGCAGUAUGUUUUGAAUAUCUUCAUUGGAAUCAUUGAUUGAAUGCGAAUUGCGCGGUUUGGUGCAAUGAAAUUGUUUUUAUUGUGGAUAAGCAUGGGUGAUUUGUUGCUUACAUGCCCUUGUUAGGGAUUAUCUUUAUUAAAAGGCAAGGUUAUUUUGUUAAUGUUUUCAACCUCUGUACAUUCAUCGAAGGUUAAAUAAAUGAUAAGAAAUUGCGAGAGGUAACUGUGGCCA